GACCCCUCAGUCCUCCUUUCUGAGCCGUCAAAGGGGUUUUCCUCAACUCGCACCGGGAGACCGCACUCAACCACUUUAACAGAGGCAGCUAAGCUCAAUCAUCUUGAAUUGACCAGAUAUAGGAGUCGAACAUGGAGAAGGCGGCCGUGCACGAAGACGGGCUCCUCAUCCCGCUUAUUGACUUCUCCAAGUUCCUCAACGGCUCCCCUUCGCAAAAGCUCGAAACAGCCAGAGCCAUCCUGACAGGCUUCCAAACUGCGGGCUUCAUCUACCUCUCCAACAUUCCCAUCCCGGCCUCGGUCCUCCAGCACGUCUUCGACGCGUCAGCCGAGUUCUUCCGCCUCCCGCGCGCCGCCAAGGACUCCCUCGCCUGGUUCAGCCCGGAAGCCAACCGCGGCUAUUCCGCCCUAGGGCGGGAGAAAGCCACGCAGCUCACCAGCACGGCCGCCAUCUCGGCGCUGCGCGACUCCAUCCCGGACAUCAAGGAAUCCUUCGAGAUCGGCCGGGACAACGAACCGUCCCACCCCAACCACUGGCCGCGCGAGGACGGGGACGACAGCCACAGCGGUAGUAGCAAGCUAGCCGGCUUCAGGCAGACCAUGACGUCCUUCUUCGCCGACCUCGCCGCCCUCCACCGGUCGGUCAUGCGCGCCAUCGCGGCGGGAAUGGGCCUGCCCGACGAGAUGUACUUUGACCAAUUCGUUUGUGACGAGGACAACACGCUGCGCCUGCUGCACUACCCGGCCGUGAGGAAGGAGUUGUUCAAGGUCAACCCGGGCCAGGUACGCGCCGGCGAACAUUCUGAUUAUGGAUCGAUUACUUUUCUGUUUCAAGACGGGGCGGGGGGGUUGCAGGUGCAGAGUCCUGAGGGCACAUUCGUGGAUGCCACGCCCAUUGAGGGGACGUGUGUCGUCAAUGCCGGAGACUUGCUGGCGAGGUGGAGCAACGAUACGAUUCGCAGCACGGUGCAUCGGGUCGUCGAGCCACCGAGGAGGGAGGGGGAUGAUGGGAAGGAGGAGUACCCCGCGAGAUACAGCAUUGCGUACUUUUGCAAUCCCAACUUCAAGGACUUUAUCGAGGUUAUCCCGGGGACGUACGCCACCGAGGCGGACAAGAACUAUACGGAGCAUAGUGUCACACAUCCACGUGCUCGAUCAACUUGAGGACCCUAUUGUAGAAUCCGAUACAUCCGUCUGCAUAUAGCCAAAAUGCAUGAGCAAAGGCCUGCAUGCGUUCAUCGGACAGGAUCAUGGAUAGGCUGGUGUCAAGAUCCCUUUCCUCUUCUGCCCCCUGGACGAGCCCAAGGUAUUCCGCCCUAGCAGACUUCAGACCCCUGUCUUGCUCAGUCUAUUGAAACAACGGGCCAUCCAUUUCGGGAGGGACCAUGGACAGCAUUUUGUUAA